GAAAUGUAUGAAAUACGGGCGAUGACAAAUAUCAUCAAAGAUAAAACUGUAUUAAGUGAUGCUCAUACUCAAGACUUAGCCAACUCGUAUGCUGGAAAUAGCAAAAAACGGCAACAGCCUGAAAAUACACAUUAUUAUGAAUCCAAACAAAGGAGAAUUGCUGAUGACGAUACUGGUGACAAAUCAGAAACAGAUCCAAAUGAUGAGGUGGAUUUUGAUGACAACAAAGUAUUCAGUAAGGAUUCAAACAUCGUAUUAACAGAUAGCGAUGCCGACGAUCAUAAGGUAUUCCGGGAUUAUGAAGAGUACUUUGAAGAAGAAAUCUCAAUAGAAAAGACCUUGACUGAUCCCAUUACAAGUUGGAUUUUGUCGAGUGGGAGAGAUGUUAGUGUAAUAUUAUCUAAAUACCGUGAAAAAAUUCCUCGCACAAAGGCAUACCUCUAUCCGGCUUAUUUUGGAAUAUUAGAUCUUUCUGGAGAGGAUAUCGAAGUAAAAAAUUUGUUUACAGAUGACGAAUGGAAUGAGAUGAUUAAAGAUUUUAAAAGUAAUGUAAAUUUGAGUGAUUUGGAACCUGGACAAGAUGAACCGUUUUAUAAAUUAAUGGACAAAAUUACUGAGUUUAGUGAAUUUGUAGUAUUGGCAAAGAAUCCUUAUGACCUAAUUACCGGCAUUGAAAGCUGUGUAAUUGAAGUACGAGAAUAUAAAGUAAACGCCAUUAGACGACUUAUUCAGACUUAUGCAUACAAUCUUCAACGUUUACAAUUGCCAAUGUCUGAAGUCGCAGGUGAGAUUCAAAGUCUUGCUUCGUCUGUAAUUUCCAACCUCACAACAAAGCCCACAGAAAGAAGCUUAAUCGGUCAAAGAAUCUGGGGUCUUCCUACAGCAACAAAAGGGAAAAAAUGGAUGGAUAAGGUUGACUUAGCUGUUUCAUUACGGGAUGUGUUGGUCUAUGAAGGUAUUGAAAAGAAUGGUGUAGAUCCAAGCAGGUUCCAAAAACUUUUGUUCUUAGAGUACACUCAUACAAAAGAAGCCUACUGGCUCCGGAAGAGUCUGGAUUCUCUGGUGAAGGAUAGUUCAGAAGAGAUGCAGUAUGGAAGACUCCCAGUAGUUCCGAGAAGGGAUAAAACUCACGUAACUACGGUAGGCAUCGAACGUGUUGCUCACUUUAUGGUCGAAAGUGUUCGUUACGGUGGUCAUCACAAUCACUGCAAAGGUGUUGGAGUAUUUUGGGAUAAGAUCGAAGAUGAUCUCGUCGAUUUAGCAAUCAAAACUAGAGAAAAAGAAUUACAUUUGGCCGAGUAA